AUGCUGGUUUGCCAGUCUUUGGAAGGUUAUAUGACCAAAUAUGAUUGUUCAAGUGCUGGUAUAAAUCCAAUUGGUGGAAUUAGUAAAACUGAUUCAAAAAGUUUUAUUGGAUGUGCUGAAAAGAAAUUCGAAAUACCAAUUUCGAAUCAGUUGAGCAAUUAUGAUUCCUGUUAA